AUGUUUCGCCAAAUUGGGGUAAUCCCGGAUCAUCAAAACUAUCAACGUAUUGUUUGGCGAGAGCAUCCAUCAGCGCCUCUUAAGCCCUAUCAAUUAGGCACUGUAACUUAUGGAACCGCUUGUGCACCAUACCUGGCUGUACGAGUGUUAGAACAACGGGCCUAUGAUCACAAGGAGCAAUAUCCUACUGCAUCGAAAAUCCUUUUGGAGGACUUCUACGUAGACGAUUUACUUACUGGAUCGAACAACGAGAAUGAGCUAAUAGCUAUUAGGAAAGAGUUAUUAGAACUCAUGUCACACGCCAAGAUGUACAAUUCAUUAUCAGAAUUUGACGAACUAGUCCACCGCGCCUCAUCCUGGCAAAGGCUGGUACAUACCGUGGGCUAUGUUUUACGUUUUAUUCAAAGACUGAAAGAGCCACGAAAACGAGUCGAAUCCACGAUACUGUCUUUUGAAGAAAUCAAGGCAGCACAAAUAGUAUGCCUGCGGAACGCACAUGCGUGCUUUGGAGAUGACAGAAGGCUUAUACAAAAGGAUCAACCACUGCGAAACAGGUCGCAGUUAUUCAAGCUAACCCCGUGCAUUGGACAGGAUGGUCUGCUACGAGUUGGAGGCCGUUUGAGGCCAUCUCAAUUACCAGAAGAAGUCAAACACCCGAUAUUACUCCCUAAGGCACCCCACAUUACGAAGCUAAUCCUGGAACACGAGCACUGGGUAAACUUACACCCAGGCACAUCUGCACUGUUUGUAAUAGUUCGCCAACGAUAUUGGAUAAUUGGAGCACGCAACCUGAUAAGAAAGGUCACCCACAACUGUAUCAGAUGCUUUCGUCAAAGACACCAUACUACGCAUCAACUCAUGUCCGACUUGCCAAGUAUCAGAAUCACACAAUCACUUCCCUUUGUCAAUUCUGGAUGUGAUUACGCUGGACCAAUUACUCUCAAGGAUCGAAAGGGUCGCAACGCUAAGAAGUCAAAGGGAUGCAUAUGCCUCUUCGUGUGCCUCGUCACCUCGGCACUACACCUGGAACUAGUCACUGAUCUCAGCACGGAGACAUUUCUGGCAGCUCUGAGAAGAUUCAUGUCGCUCAAAUGCAACAACUCCUGGCAUCUUCACAGCAUAAGGAUCGAGUCUCGCAGACAUUGGCAGAUGAAGGCAUUAAAUGGGUCUUCAUUCCACCGUAAGCACCUCACUGGGGAGGAAACACAAAUAAGUGCAGUGGUAAACUCAAGACCACUGUACUAUACACCGGACACCGACGUCACAUAUCUGUCUCCAGCACACCUGUUGAUAGGCAGAUCAUUCACAACAAUUCCCGAAGGCGACAUGAGCCACAUACAGGAAAAUCGACUGGACUACUGGCAGGAAGUUCAAGCACUAUACCAAGGAUUCUGGAAGCGCUGGCACCAGGAAUACCUAACUACGCUACAGCAUCGCCCCAAGUGGGGAACCCCGCAACCCAAUGUGGAAUUGGGAUCAGUUGUUCUCAUCAAGGAUUCGAAUACUCCGCCAGCAGCCUGGCCUCUUGCAAGGGUCAUGUCAACUCACACAGGAACAGAUGGUAGAGUUCGUGCUGUCAAAUUGAAAACUGCUUCCGGAGAAGCAACUCGCGCUAUAACCAAGAUCGCAGUUCUACCAAAUUCAGAAACGAUGUUUCAGGGCGGGCCGGGAUGUUGA